UUUUGACGAUCCAGCGUCGUUUAGGACUGAAGUAAUCCCGUAAAAGUGCUCAGGGCUGACAGUUCUGCUCCUUCUUUGGCGCAUAGAUGAGACUAAAAUGUCCUGGUCUCGGGAUCUUUCGGUUUUUCCUGAGGAGGUACAACAGGUUUCAGUGAUUAAAGAAGAGGUUCCACCUGAGCAACAGGAGGGAAGCUCCAGUGUUAACCUUGAGAUUACUGAGCCUCUGUACAUUAAAGAGGAACCUGAAGAACUGUGGAACAAUCAGGAGGAAGAGCAGCUUCAAGGGCCAGAGGAGGCUGGUGUCAUAAAGUUCACUUUUUUCCCUGUUCUUGUGAAGAGUGAAGAUGAUGAAGAUAAUGUUCAAUCCCCAAAGACUGAUCAAAAACCAACUGAUCAAAUGGAAACAGGGACUGAUGGAGAGGACUGUGGAGAUCUAGAAGCAGACGGGUACUUCGAUCCAGAUUUACAAUCAGAUAUUCAGGUCAAGACGAUAGAUUCUACUGAUCUUGACACUGAUGACAGUGAUGAUUGGAGGGACAAAAGAGAACACCAGUCGGGUUCAAACUCCAUGGAAAAAACUAAAAAUAAGAGAAGAGAAAAGAAAUCACAUAUCUGCUAUGAGUGUGGUAAAAUAUUUAACAGAAAAUGUCAUUUGACAGAACAUGUUAGAAUUCACACAGGAGAGAAACCCUUCUGCUGCUUUGAGUGUGGUAAAAGAUUUAAUCAAAAAGAUCAUCUCACUAAACAUAAGAGAACUCAUACAGGAGAGAAACCCUACAGCUGCCCUGAGUGUGGUCAAAGAUUUACCCAGCAAGGAAGUAUGACUAAGCACAUGAAAAUUCACUCUGGAGAAAAACCCUUUGGCUGCUCUGAUUGUGGUAAAAGUUUUACUCAGCUAGGAAGCUUGACCAAACACAUGAGAAUUCACUCAGGAGAGAAACCCUUUAGCUGCCCUGAGUGUGGUAAAAGCUUUAGCUUUAAAGAUUAUUUGACCCAACAUAUGUUUGCGCACAAUAGAGAGAAACCCUUUAGCUGCUCUGAGUGUGGUAGAAAAUUUAUACGGAAAGGUCGCCUUAUACAACAUAUGAGAAGUCACACAGGAGAGUAAUCCUUCAGCUUCUCAGUGUGGUAAAAAGUUUAAUUUCAGGUCUGGUGUGACAGCAUUUUGGGCUUUCACACAGAGCCUCAUCUUAGAGUUUAUACGCCACGUCACAGAGGUCAGGAGAACUGCUUGGAUGCAAUGUUUAUGAUGAAAGGUUUGAUUGCUCUAUCUGAUUUCUGUUUCAAACCAAGUGGGGGAGAACAGAGAGACAGAAACAGGAGUUGAUGGAGUGGGCUGUGGAUGAUCAGAACCAGGCAUGAACUCGGAUCUGGAGACCUUUACAACCAGAGACUGUGGUCAAGGCUGAAGACUGUUCAGCACCUGAUGAUUAUCUGAGUUUGGUAACACAUUUGAAUUAUUUUCUUUCUGACGAGACACAGAAGCAAAAAUAAGAGAGAAACCAUGUAAGUGCUACUGUGCAGCAAAAAUGUAAACAAUUUAAAUUUGAAUACUAUAGUUCAACCCUAGUUACAAAAACAAUCAUAUUCUCUUAUUUGUAUUUAAAUUAUGGAUUUGAAUUGUGCAGAUUUAUACAGAAUUCCUGAUUUUCCAACCUGAAAAAUUGACUCCUGAGACUUUAAUUGUCCAGGGAAAGUGUCUCACAACUCCUAUUCAUAGACUACCUAGCUGGACCAUAAUUUUCUUGUCUAACUCUGUUUAGACAGCCAUUAUAGACAGAUGAACUCCUGGACUAACAACACAAGCUUCACACCCACUCCACCUAAGUAGCCUUUGUGUUGUGAGUUACAAUUGUGUGUUCUGCUGGUGAUCAGUGGGUACAGCUGGUGCUAAGUCUCUCCUUAAAUGCAGUGUGAAAUGAUAUUUCAUUUGAAUAUGAAUAAUCUGCCUUAGUUUUAAUGGUUCUGUGCAGCUGGGUGCUUCUGAAGUUGUUAUGCAUCCAUCUCUCUUGGUUUUGUCACUCUUUUCCCACACAGGGCUCAUCUGCUUUGAUAAGGAGAUGACAAAUGAACUUUAAAUAAUUUCAUUUGUGUUGUUUUAGUGGCCUUAUUUAACAGUAUGUGGUUGAAGAUCACUUAAGCCAGAGUGAAACAGACUGAAAUGGUUAUAUGAUGGAAGUAUGCACUGCUGGAGUUUUAAAAAAAAAUCAAAGACAAAAAAAAUAUUCAGCAGUACAACCAGGACAGGACUGUACAUGCUGCUCAAUGAUCUCUGUCAGUUACCCCCCCUCAUUUGUAUAUUUGUGAAUUU